CAGCAGCAGAGCAUUCACACUCUCGGGCCUGUCUCAGGGUCGUCCGCCAUACUGCCUACAUUCUUGCUAUCGCUCCAGCCACUGCACUGCACACUACCAUUUACCAGGAUUUUCGACCAUCGCGCCUUCCUUUAUGGUGUCGCUGUCCAUUCCCGUCACACGACGUCGCAGUCAGGGUCACUGCCUGAGCGAGGCGCCCAACACAGCGUACAGUAUCUGAUGUCCCUCUUACGGCGUCUGAGCCUAACCUUGCUCCAGUCUAUCGUCCUCGGGAGCAUACCUAGCCAUGUGCGCGCCCUGAGUACGGUCACCUCUCGGAGCUUCCUCCCCCGAACAUUCAGUGGCCGCCCCUUCACCCUGAAGAGACACGGACUACCUGGAAGACACACAUGGAUAUGCAAAAGAAUCAUACAGGCGAAGCGACACACGAUAGCGGUUAUCCCUUUCCGCCAGCUCCACAGCUGCGCCGCAUCCACUGGCAUCCACUGGCAUCCACUCUCGAGGCCUACCGAGCCAAGACCAUUAGGACUAUGGAACAUCACACGCCGAGGCACAACGCACAUUUGGCAAUAUUAUCUGAAUUUUGUUCUGGGCUGCCGACCCGAGCAGCAUACUCAUACAGCAAAAGGAUACUCGCAUGUCCUCCCUUUUCAGUCGAACCUCCACGCCAAGUUCCACUUGGGGCUCGCAGCCCACGCCUUUGACCAAAAGGACCUAAAAAGACAAACCUCAUCACUCGUUAUCCGUUGUCGGCAUUGGUACCAUGAUCAUGGCACCUCUAGGGUGUGGUCGGUGUGCAAGAGAGAAUACUAUACAAUCGAUGUGGGAUGGUUGUGUGUGGAUUUGGUGGUGAGUUGACGCCUUCCAGCUUGAGCAAGCACUGACACUGCCUCAGUUCCCUGGCCAUCAGACGCCCACGUUCCGUCAUGUCA